AUGUCAGAGGAAGAAGAUUCUUUCCUGAAUGUUAAAAGAUCUCUGAAAAAGCGAAUGGUGAAACACAGCACGCCAGUGGACUCAAUGCUUUCAAGAACAAUGCCAUCUCUUACAGAUCUGACAAAUCAGUCAAUCAAGGACCAAAAUGUCAGCAAGAGAGUUUAUGGAUCUCCAAUGCCAAAAUCAAAUCGAAGGAGAUCGUUAGCUCAAGUAUCAUCAGUAAGUGUUGAAGCAUACUUCCCCCAUAUGUCUCCGAAGAGGCUUUCAACAGCGUUUGACUCGCAAGAAUUAAACAAAGAGAUAAGCCAAAGCUCUCAGGUUGUGUUUUCUAGAAGGAGGCUUUCCACGGUGUUGGCCUCUGAGGAAUCAAAUGAAGAGCCAAGUGACAAGGUUGUACCAAACACGGAAAGUCAGGCUCCCACCAAAGCAUCUGAGGAGGCUGCAGUAACUCGCAAGAGUGGAUCUUCAUGGCUUGUUACGGGAAUACCAGGGAUAAAAGAUAGCCCGAUAGUAAAAACCAGAAAGAAGAAAACUGAUAAAGCUCUUGUGUGGGAGAGUUCGCAACUUAGACACCAGCGUGCGGGCCGUGAGCGGGCAGAUCCAAACAGCUCCGGCCAGUCCCUGCCUAUCUACCUGGUCCGCUGCCGGCCAGCGCGAGCUACCGCUGGCUCCUACUCUAUCGAAUCUGAAGAUUUGCCUUUGGAAAGCACUGAAAUGACACAGGAUCAGCUGCUGAACUAUCAGUUGAUGUUCCCCAUAGGCCAGGACAAAUCCAUCCCCUGGAAUGCCAUCACCACAUAUGAAAACAUGAAAGCAAAGAGAAUAUCUGAACUCAAGAAAUGGAAAGAGCAGGGACCUUGCCAGAAGGAGCUCUACAGAGCCCUGUAUAAAUUGGCGAAGGCUCAGCAGAGAAGCGGAGGGGAGAUUUACAAAUUCUAUUUGCCCAACUGCAACAAGAAUGGAUUUUACCACAGCAAACAGUGUGAGACUUCACUGGAUGGAGAGUCUGCUGGAUGCUGGUGUGUCUAUCCAAAAAAUGGAAGAAGGAUUCCUGGAUCUCCAGAAAUGAACGGAGACCCAGAAUGCCAACAGUAUCUCAGCUCACAAGAAUAA